AAAAAAAAAAAGAGGAGAGAGAGAGAACUACGCAGCGUCAUCUUCUUUUGGUGCUAAAACACAACCAUUCAUUGGAGCCGCUCUCCAGACUGUUUCAAGAGAAUCCGCAACCUCUUUCUCUUGCCGAUCUGCUUCUCAAGUUCCCUCUCUCCCUCACCGAUCGAAUCAAGGCUGAACGGUCCUCACGGUUACUUUAUCAAUCUCGUUCUUGUAAUUACGGCUUCUUGAUUGGCUUUUUUGAAUUAUCAGAAACUCUGAACUUCUGUUUGGGUGCUGAGAAAUCGUGGGAGGGAAAGAUGAUGUGGGAAACCGUGGAAUGCGUGUUUUCGUGUUAUUUAGUGUUCUGAGGAAAGUGAGAAGCUUACCUCAACCAAGCUGAACGGGAACUGAAAUGUCCGAUGCAUAUGGGAAAUAUAUAAAUUUUAGCAGACCAGAUGUCUGCUGAAAUUUCUGUUUGCCAUUAACAAUACGUCUCAGAAAGAGUGGCACAUUUUCGGAUUCACAGGAGUCCAGUUCAAACAAUGGAUUCCAGAUUAUCAACCAUGACCCUGUAUCCCAUCCCAUCAUACAGAAAGUUUACAACAAGUGGAAGGGUAACUUUGCUGGCGCGUUCAAGGACUAGGAGAAGACCGCCCAAGAACCUCCGUUAUCCACGGCACCCCAAGAGUCCUCCCAACUUUGGUGUUAAUUUAUUCUUGAAGAAGACAAGCACGAACUCUGCAGACAUAUCACUUGCAUAUUUGAUAGAUGGUAAGAAACCUCGUUUAGCUGAAAAAAAAGGAGAGGGAGAAGAACAAGAACAAGAAGACACUGAAGAAGAAGAGGGUCGACAAGAAACUGGUAUUUGUUGGGAUUCAGAUGAGAUUGAAGCUAUUUCAUCGCUUUUCCAAGGAAGAGUGCCUCAAAAGCCUGGAAAGUUGAACAGAGAGAGACCCCUGCCACUACCUCUUCCCUAUAAGCUUCGACCUCUAGGACUUCCUACGCCAAAGAAACAUGUUAAAUCAGCUUCUCCGCUGGUUGUUUCUUCGCGUGCAUCCCUUUCAAAGCAAGUGUACAAGAACCCGGGUGUCCUUAUUGGUAUAGCCAGAGAGAUCAAGGUGAUUAGUUCAGAGGAAGACGUGUCUGUAGUUCUCAACAAGUGGGCUAGGUUUCUGAGGAAGGGAUCUCUGUCAUUGACAAUACGGGAAUUAGGUCACAUGGGUCUUCCCGAGAGAGCUUUGCAGACAUUCUGCUGGGCGCAGAAACAGCCUCAACUCUUCCCAGAUGACCGGAUUUUGGCUUCGACAGUAGAAGUUCUGGCAAGGAACCAUGAGCUAAAGGUGCCAUUCAACUUGGGAAAAUUUACAAGUUUGGCAAGUCGUGGUGUGAUGGAGGCAAUGGUGAGAGGGUUCAUAAGAGGAGGGAGCUUGCAUCUUGCCUUGAAGCUUCUAUCGGUUGCCAGGGAUGGAAAAAGAAUGUUGGACCCAAGCAUUUAUGCAAAGUUGAUAUUGGAGCUUGGGAAGAACCCAGAUAAACACAUGCUCGUUGUGAGCUUACUACAUGAGCUUGGAGAAAGAGAAGAUCUGAAUUUAAGCCAGCGUGACUGUACGGCUAUAAUGAAAAUUUGCAUUAGGCUCGGGAAAUUUGACGUUGUGGAUGGGCUGUUCAAUUGGUUCAAACAAUCUGGGUACCAACCAAGUGUGGUAAUGUACACUACUCUGAUUCACAGCCAUUAUUCUGAGAGAAAAUAUAGGGAGGCAUUGGCUUUGGUCUGGGAAAUGGAAGCUUCUAAUUGUCUUCUCGAUCUUCCAGCUUAUCGUGUGGUAAUAAAGCUUUUUGUUGCUCUGAAUGAUAUCUCAAGGGCCGUAAGAUAUUUUUCGAAGCUUAAAGAAGCAGGUUUCUCUCCAACUUAUGACAUAUAUCGCGAGUUGAUUAAAAUCUACAUUGUUUCUGGGAGGCUUGCAAGGUGUAAGGAGGUCUGCAAGGAGGCAGAGAUAGCAGGAUUCAAGUUGGAUAAAGACACAACGUCACGGUUGUUGCAGUUUGAAAGAGAAAAAAAGGGCACAAGUUCCUUAACAAUAAAAUCAUUACAUGAUAAGCAAACGAAACCAGCGGACUAGGAAGCAGCAAUUUCU